AACUGAUAAAUCUGAGAGUAAUUAAACAGCGCCAUCUUGCGCUGCAGACCGAAUAUCCAUGUUCUCAAUUCUUACCGUCAAAGUGUAGUAAAGUAAAGUUGUUACAAUUGUACGAAAUUACAAAUAAUGGCAGAAGUCACUGCAAGUUCAGAAGGGUUACUCUCUGUCGAAGAAUGUGUCAGGCCUGCUGCAUCUGAAUAUGCCAGCUAUUUUGAAAUAGAGCAAAAGAAACAGAGCCAACAAUUAGAAGAAGAAAUUGAAGAAAUGCUGACCAAACUUGAUGAGUUUUGUGCAGUUGUGGACAUGGUAAGAACAGACUCCUCCCUUGCCUUGAACAGAAGUCUUCCAGAAAUUCAAACCAAGGCCAAGAACCUGGAGAAAAUAUUUACACGGAUUGAUCAGCUAGAGGAAUUUGUAUCCAUUGUAAGAAAGAAUGUUGAUGCCUACGAGGAACUUGUCAACAUGGCAGAGAAAGAUCUUGGUACUCUUAAUUCCAUCAAGUCACUAUUCAGCUCAUUACCACUCUUUUCAAAAAAAAUAACCGCCACCAAACAGAAGAAGUUCGCGGCCCCUGAAGUCUUUUCCACCAGUGACUACAUCACCAAACCCACCGGCUCAAUUAGACAAACAGAGGAGGACUCGUAGCGGGAGCUCUUGCCACCUUGUUGUGUAUUGUAAUUGUUCUUCCAAAUAAUACAUCAUGUUUGAAUGAGGGGAAGAGUGGAAAGGCCCAAGCCAAGGCAAAGACUCGCUCAUCCUGCGCCGGUCUUCAGGUCCUAGUGGGAUGUGUUCGCCAGUUUCUUCGCAACGGCAACUAUGCACAGAGUGUACAUGUAGGUGCUGGAGCACCCAUCUUCAUGGCAGCACCACUGGAAAACCUGACUGUCACAAGAUCAGUUCCUGCUGAUAUCUGUUUUAAACUUGUAUAGCAGCAGUCUCCUGGUCCCAUGUCAAAUGUAAGUUGACUGCCAUAAAGUAUAAUAAGACACUAAACAGCUUCCGGCAUUCAAUUUUAACACAUUAAGUUACCAUCUCAACGAAGACGUAUUUGUACCCAUCAAGAUCUUUUCCUAUCCUAAGUCUAUUCUCCAGAAUCGCAUACUUGUACUUGUGACACUGACUGCCCAAAUCUUGGAACUUGCUGUUAGUGCUGCUCAUGUACAAGAAACAAGUAGUCUAGGAUCAUCCCUCAUCACCUUCAGCUUAUCGUAUGUGACGAGGAGGAACUGAACAAACUCUUGGGUGGUGUGACAAACGAAUAAGUCGGUGUAAUGCCGAACAUCCAAACCGUGUUGCUUUCAAUGAAGACUUGAUGAGCUAAGCCUGCUUCCUCUUCAGGUCCAAGGACUCCUUCUUUCACCUCCUUCACUAUUGCUUCUAGUAUCAUUUCAUUUAGGAUCCACCUUUAGCCCACCACCACCUGCAAAAUGGUAAAUGGCAGAAAAAGUUGCAAAUAAGACACAUCAGUCAUUAACAAAAAGAUUUGUACAAUUCCAAUUAUGACCAACCUGUAAAUUUAAAUAGACAAAUGAACCAGAGAGCAACUGCCAUUUUUAGCAAAAUUUCCAACAUUCACCAAAACAAAACAUCAUUGGGAUGUAAACCUUUUGCAGAGGGCAUCAAAGCAUUAUUUCAUUGGUCAUUUCCAAAUGUAUGGAUUUAAUGUGACAUCAUAAGAUAAAGGUUGAUUGAGAUGUGUAGUUGAUCUCCAACAAACUUCUCAGCCAAUUUACAAAUUUACAACAAAUACUCUUAU